AUGAAUAUAGCUAUAGAUGAAUACGGUCAGCCAUUUGUGAUAUUGAGGGAAGAAGAAAAAAAAAGAAUUAAAGGUAUCGAGGCACAUAAAAGUAAUAUAUUGGCAGCUAAAGUAGUUGCUGAUAUAUUGAAAAGCUCGAUAGGGCCACGAGGAAUGGAUAAAAUAAUUGUAAGUGAAGAUAAUAAUGUUACAGUAACAAAUGAUGGUGCGACCAUAUUAGAAAAAAUAGAUGUUCAACAUGAGUGUGCAAAAUUAUUAGUUGAAUUAUCAAAGAGUCAAGAUAAUGAAAUUGGAGAUGGAACAACAGGCGUUGUUAUUAUAGCAGGAUUUUUAUUAGAAGAAGCAUAUGCAUUAAUUGAUAAAGGAAUACAUCCCCUUAGAAUUGCUGAUGGGUUUGAAAAUGCUUGUAAUAUAGCUUUAAAAGCAAUUGAAGAUAUUGCAAUAACUGUAGAUAUUGAAAAAAAUGAUCAUGAAAUAUUAAAAAAACUAUCUAAUACUUCAUUAAGUUCAAAAAUUGUAUCAAGUAAAAAAGAUUUACUUUCAAAUAUUGUUGUAGAUGCUGUUUUAUCAGUUGCUGAUAUGAAAAGAAAAGAUGUAAGAUUUGAUUUAAUAAAAAUCGAAGGAAAACCUGGAGGCUUAUUAGAAGAAUCAACAUUAAUAAAAGGUAUAGUUUUAAAUAAAGAAAUAUCACACUCUCAAAUGUGCAAAGAAGUAAAAAAUGCAAAAAUAGCUAUUUUAACAUGCCCAUUUGAACCACCAAAACCUAAAAUUAAACAUAAAUUAAAUAUAACAAAUGCAGAAGCAUAUAGAGAUUUACAAGCUAUUGAAAAAAAAUAUUUUUAUGAUAUGGUUGAUGCAUUAAAAAAAGCAGGGGCUAAUUUUGUUAUAUGUCAAUGGGGUUUUGAUGAUGAAGCAAACUAUUUAUUAUUAAAAGAAAAUAUACCAGCCAUAAGAUGGGUAGGUGGUGUUGAAAUGGAAUUAAUAGCUAUUGCUACUGGUGGUAAAAUAAUACCAAGGUUCGAAGAUAUACAUGAAUCAAAAUUAGGACGUGCUGAUUUAAUAAGAGAAAUUAGUCACGGAACUGUAAAUAAUCCUAUGGUAUAUAUUGAAGGUUGCUCUAACACAAAAGCUAUUACUAUCCUUUUAAGAGGAGGUAAUCAAAUGAUGAUAGACGAAUGUGAAAGAAGUGUGCAUGAUGCCUUAUGUUCUGUUCGUAAUUUAAUAAGAGAUAAUAGAAUAUUACCAGGAGGAGGAGCAAGCGAAAUUUAUGCAGCUUUAGAAAUCGAAAAGGUUGCUGAUACAUGUAAAGGAAUUGAACAAUAUGCUAUUAGAGCUUUUGGAAAUGCUCUAUUAUCUAUACCCAUUAAUUUAUGCAAUAAUAUGGGAUUAAAUAGUAUUGAUAUUAUUUCAGAAAUUAAAACAAAAAUAAUUCAAGAAAAAAAAAAAAAUCUAGGUAUUGAUAGUUUGAAUUAUAAAAUUGGAGAUAUGAUAGAAGAAGGAAUAUUUGAGACUUUUAAUUCAAAAUAUAAUCAAAUCUCUUUGGCUACACAAGUAGUAAAGAUGAUAUUAAAAAUCGAUGAUGUAAUUACACCUAAUGAAUUCAACUAA